UGAUAAUGGUCAGGUUCUGGGGGCCUCAGCUGACUUGAAAAGGUUAAAAGAAGCAGAAGCAGAGUUUCAGCUCAGUUAGGGAGGGCUCAGUAUGACUGCAGCAGGAUAGGAGAAUACUAAGUUUGGGUGGUUUGUUUUAUUUGGAUUCAUAAUGGACAAUUAAUCUGUUUUCUGUUAUUGCCAUAAAUUCUGUUAAUGUGUGAUUGAUGUUUCAGCUUCAUAUACAUUCAAAGUGCAAACCACCACUACCAUUAUCUAUAACAGUCACAAACUAAAAAUAGGUGAUCCAUUACAUAAUGUUAUGGUUGUUUAAUGAUGGUAAACUCGACUCAGGUUCCAUAUUUUGCACUUUCUGCCUACUUGGACACUGGGGUUUUUAAAUAUUUAUAUUUCAUGAUUCUUAUGUGUCUAUAUAUUCUAAUUAUGUGUGCCAAUCUUUUGCUCAUUGUGAUUAUCUGUAUGAACAGAAGCUUACAUGAACCUAUGUACAUAUUUCUGUGCAGCCUGUUUGUAAAUGAACUGUAUGGUAGUACAGGGUUGUUUCCAAUGCUUCUGGUUCAGAUUCUCUCUGACAUUCACACUGUUUCUCCUUUCUUUUGUUUCCUGCAGAUUUACUGUGUGCAUUUCUAUGGCAGUGUAGAAUUUUUCACGAUAGGUGUCAUGUCUUAUGACAGAUAUCUUGCUAUUUGUUAUCCUCUACAAUAUAACACACGUAUGACAUCCAGAAAGGUUGCAAUCCUUACUGCAUUUGUUUGGUUAUACAGUGUACUCUCAACUGUUGUCAUAUUGUCUUUGAGUGCUCCUUUACAACUGUGUGGCAACACAAUUCAAAAAGUGUACUGUGACAACUACUCCAUUGUUAAACUGGCAUGCUCUGACACAACUGUCAAUAACAUUUAUGGACUCGUUUACAUAUUUACAGUCAUUGUUUCUCUUAUCAUUUUAAUUCUUUACACUUACAUGAGGAUUCUUAAAGUUUGUUUUUCAGGUUCUAAACAGACCAGACAGAAAGCUGUCAGUACCUGCACACCUCACCUUGCUUCCCUGCUGAACUUUUCUUUUGGUUGUUUCUUUGAAAUUGUGCAGAGCAGAUUUGAUAUGAGCAGUGUACCCAUUAUGUUGCGUAUUUUUUUAUCAUUAUACUGGCUUACAUGCCAACCGCUCUUCAACCCUGUAAUGUAUGGACUAAAUAUGUCCAAAAUCCGCAUCAUAUGCAAAAGUCUUUCUUUUGGUAAAAUAAUCUAGAAUGCUCUAUGACAUAUGUCAUCUCACAAAUUUACUCAUGUUUUUUUUAAUAUGUGACAGGGAGAGGUCUUACAGGCUAUGGCUUUAGCCUACCCCUUUUCUUUCUUUUACUUGAACCAUUAUUUUGUCACUGCGUAAGAACCCAUUUCUGUGUACAGUUUUGUUUUUACAAUUUAUUUUACUUUUAGUUGAGAAGUUUGAAUUCUUAAGCUUAGUUAAACUUAAAUUACAAAAUAUGUUGAUGUCCGACAUAGUCUCCGAUUGUAGUCAUCCCUUAAAUCUUUAGUUGGAUUACAACUUGGUUUAGACAAGAUGUUGUUUGUGAAUGUACAUGACACAGGUUUCAUCCUUGUUAUAGAGACUGACUGUUGAGCACCUAUGGCAAAUUACUAAAUACAACUCUCAGAAUUAAAUCUAUAAUCCGUAUUAAUAAAUCCCCAAAAAAUUUAACAACUAACUUCUUUUCUGUAGAUUUGUGGUUUCAACAAUAGGUAGUGCUGUGCCUCCUCCUGCAGUUAACACAAUACUGUUUUAGAUUUUUGACAGCUUUUUUAGGAUUGUGGUAAUAAAACUAUAGGUCUUAGCUAUGAUGGAUAGAUCAGAAUUUUACCCCUGCACCAUCUUAAUCCCAUCAAUUUUUCUUUGUUUCCUCAUUUUUCCUGUCAUGUUUUAUUUUGUAUUUUUGUAUUUUUUAUGUUUCGAGAUGUCAUUGUAACCAACAUGCACGAGUACAUCUUGGACAACUGGGUGUUGUGGGUGCCAGGAUGUUGGAAAUCUCCCAGGAUGUCAGUCACCUUUGUGCUUGGAAAGCAAUAGGUCACUGCCAUUUAUUUUUUCACAUUUGUAAUUGCAUGGGACAAUGUUGCAUUUGAGGCCCAUCCAAGAAUGGUUUCCCUUUUCCUCAAUUGUUGAAGAUCAUAUGGAUUAGAACAGGACUGUGCAUUUUUGUUUCUUUCCCAUCUGUGCCUCUUUGUUUUGUUGUCAAAUUGUGUAUCUGACAGUAUUUUGACACAUUUUGAACCAAAGGCCACUUGGUUUGGAUUAUUUUUUUUAUUUUUAUUUUUUCUACUUCAUUCUAUAAAGUAAAGAUGACUCAAUCACUUUUGCAUAGUUUGUUGCCAAAAAUGCACACAUGUGACCCUCAAGCCAAACAUUUAGGGUGGUUAACAGUAAAAGGACACUGAAUUUAAAAAAAACAAUGGAUUUCGGUCCGUGUAUGUUUUGGUCAUUGGAUUUUCCUUUCAGAAACGGAUAUUAAAAACAGGAAACGAGUGGUUAUUUGAUUUUCGUUUUAAAGUACAAAAAUGAAAAUUGAAAUACAAGGCGUUUUUCUUUUUCAUGGUCAAAAAGGGAUGAGUGAAAUUAAAAAAAUGAUUCGAUUUUCAUUUUCUAUUUCAUAUAACAACAAAUAAAAUCACUAGAAAACAGAAACGGAAA